AUGAAGUUUCGAGCUUUAGAGGAAGCAGGAGUAGCAGAGGUAAAGUUAGAAUGGUGUGUAAGUCAACGCGACCACGAGGUCAUGCGCUUCGUGGGCAACGAGACGCACGACGAAUACUUGAAGCUCAUCUUGCCUGACACGUCGGGCUCUCUCCUCGUGGGCGGAAGGAAUGUAAUAUAUAACCUAAGCUUAACGUCGCUGCAAGAGAACACGAGAUUGGAAUGGCAUCCCUCCACGGCCCAGAUGAACUCGUGCUACAUGAAGGGCGGCUCGGAGGAGGUGUGCCAGAACUACAUACGCAUCCUGACGGAGAAGUCCAAGGGGCACUACCUCAUCUGCGGCACCAACGCCUACAACCCCAUGUGCAGAGACUUCAAGCUCGGGAACUUUGGCCUUGAGCGCGACAAAGAAUUCCCAGGUCGCGGCAUCUGCCCUUUCGACCCAAAUCACAACAGCACGGCGGUGUUUGCAGAUGGUCACCUGUAUGUGGGAACCAUCGCCGACUUCGCUGGGCUGGAACCACUGAUUUACCGGGAUCCUUUGCGAACCGAACAGUACGAUCUGUCCACGCUAAAUGCCCCCAACUUCGUCAGUUCUUUCGCUCUCGGUGAUUUCGUCUACUUCUUCUUCCGAGAGAUUGCAGUCGAGUAUCUGAACUGCGGGAAGACCCUGUAUUCACGUGUGGCCCGCGUGUGCCGGCAUGACAAAGGGGGCCCGCACAAGUUCAGGAACAAGUGGACCUCUUACUUGAAAUCGAGACUCAACUGCUCUGUGUCCGGCGACUUCCCCUUCUACUUCAAUGAGAUACAGGCCACAACUGAACCUGUUGAAGGGCGGUAUGGAGGUCACGCAACCACCCUUUUGUACGGUGUCUUCACCACCCCAGAGAACUCAAUCCCAGGAUCAGCAGUUUGUGCUUUCACAUUUCAAGACAUUAUGGAUACAUUUGAGGGGCCAUUCAAAGGGCAGGCCUCUGUGAAUGCUAACUGGCUGCCUGUUCAUGGAACUCAGGUACCUGAACCAAGACCUGGACAGUGUGUGAAGGACUCGAGCACUCUGCCUGACGUCACACUGAACUUCAUCAAGUCACAUUCACUCAUGGACGAAGCUGUGCCUGCAUUCUUUGGCCAGCCUAUACUCAUUAGCACCAGCUUUCACUACAGUGGUCGCUUCACAUCCAUAGCAGUUGAUCAGCAAGUUAAAACUCCUGAUAACAAAUAUUAUGAUGUACUUUUUAUUGGCACUGAUGAUGGCAAAGUGAUCAAGGCCAUCAACACUAAGUCUGCAGACUCAUACCAGGAUGUGGAACCCUUCAUCAUAGAAGAUAUCACUGUCUUCCCCUCAAACAUGGCUGUCACUUCUCUCCAGAUCAUCAAGCCAAAAGGAAAGCAACCUCGGCUACUUGUCAGUUCGCGAUCAAGGAUACACUCCAUUCUUUUGAGCCGAUGUCAGACCAAUAAGAUUACUGAAUGCAGUGAGUGUGUAGCCUUGCAAGACCCCUAUUGUGCUUGGGACAAGAACAAGAACAAAUGUCGCCUUUACACAUCUGGCAAGGAAAUGAUCCAGAAUGUGAGUGAAGGCGUGCACAGCGACUGUGGCAAUACCGAGAAAAAGGUUAAGCCGCCUGCGCACUCUGCGUCCAUCAAUCGGGAGUCUUCGGGCACACUUCCCCCCAUUCACAACCAGCCUGAUGUCGGUGACCAUGAUAUAACGAGGGCCCAGACCGUACCACAGCAGUUCACAGCAGAGACCCUGGCCAUUGCUGUUGCCUCGGCCACCAUCGGAGCUCUCAUUCUUGGCUUCAUCACUGGUUUCUUCUGCGGCAAGAAAUGCAACAAAGACGAGGACAACCAGCUCUACGCAGACACUGACUAUGAGUAUUUUGAUCAGAGACAAAAUCCCAAUCCCCACCUGACUGGAGAACUGCAAGAAGAAGUGACGUAUGCAGAGCCUGUUCUAGUUCCUCAGACACUCAAUAAACCUGUAAACCUCAUGCUUAACAUGUCCCCGAAAGCUACUCUGAAGACUCCUGGUUCAAAUACCCCUGGAGCCAAUGUGGGGACGUUAGGUGCCCCCAUGGGACCAUCCCUAGGGCUUCCUACCACUGGGGUAUCAGCUGGACCCCAUGACAUCCCACUGCAUUAUACCCCGGAGUCGUAUUCAACCCACGGCACUCUGCGCUCCUCGGAGAAAUACGGAACCCGGGGACGUGACCACCGACCACGAGACUACGAUCACAGGCUGGUGGAUGGAUACUCGACCACCCGCUCUGUCAAGAAGGUGUACCUGUGAGAUGCUUGCCCCACCGAGCCCAGCCUACCUGGAAGGGCACUCGAGCCUCCCUCUUUAUGUUCGGCAUUCGAGUCAUAGCCUCACCAUAGCUUUGCAUUUUGCCAGAAGCGCAUGGGUGGGCUGGUAAGUGUGGGCUUUGGGGAGAGACAGAAUAAGCGGGAACUCUAGGAGAACCCUGCAUGAAGAGUCCUGAUCUACUCCCCACUCACCACCAGUAUUAUGUACAUACCACCCUAGUGCCAAGAGACCACUUCUUCUCCUUUGGUAAAUCUCUUGUAAUCAAAGUAUUCCAUAGGUAGUGUCAGGUAAAUCAAAUCCUUGAGUAAUAAGACACUGCUCACAGUACUUGUUGUGACACUUUAGAAAGCAUGAGAAGACAUAGGGUGUAAGAAGUGACUUAGUUAAAAGUAGAGACAUUAUUCAGUAAUAUUAAUUGCAAGGAAAUGCUAAAGGGCUCGGCUUUGGAUAUCGAUAGAACUUUAGAGGAACCUGGAAAAAAAAAAAACUUUUGUAGCCCUAAUUAGUGAAGAACACUGUGAAACGAGUAAGAUAAUGUGUUGAUAAGGAAAUACAAUACUGAUAUAGGACCCCUAUUUCAUUUCCUGUCUUGAUCAAACUGUAUCUGUGCAGUCAUCCAGGAUAACUGAUACAAAAGAUUCUAAGGGCAAGUUGUUGUAACAUACUUGUUAUAUGGACAUUAGGAAUGCUUGAUGGAUUUAUGAUAUUAAUAACUGACAAUUCCAAGGAUAUUGACUGUACAGACUUUAAUGAUUAUGAUUGUCAAUGAACAAUGUUGAUAUAGUCACUGGUGUUUGAUACAGAUGCCCAUUAUUUUUUAGUAAUUUUAAGAAAAAUGAGUUAAAACACCAAAACUUAUACAAUUUGAUUGGUGGUUGUAAUGAACAUAUAGUUUUACCCAUCUUGUUAUGAUUUUUGUAAUGCAGAUAAAUAUAAACAAAUGAUUUGAUAAUUGUGUGUAUCAACAAAUAUAAUCAAGACUUUUUACAACUUGACAGAAGACUUGUGCAGAAUUAUAGGCUCGUGUGCUAUGGUUGUUGUAAUCUGGUAACACAGCCUGUUCUUGUGCGUCUCUCUAAUGUAACUGUUGUAUAGGGCCUGUGAUAAGUGAACUUGCUUGGACACUCAGCAUCACAACUGUAUGUAAGUCAUUCAUGUGGGCUCAAUCACACCUCUGCUCUUGUCUAGUAUAUAUGCUAUGUAAUAUAUUUCCUGAUCCUGUUGCUAUAAUACUCUCAUAGGAAAAAAACAAAAAAAGUGGUGAAUGAAUAAAAUUUGCUCCAAAUCCUUCUGUCACAGACUCAACUCUGACAACGUUUAUUUAGACUUUGGAUAAUCUGUAUAUAACGUACUCUUGUCCAUUGUAGAAGUAUUUAAGAUAAGUAGUAGGAUCAGUGAUUUAGAGCCUUUGAUACAGAUUCUAUAAGGCUUAUGCUCCUCACAAAGGAAGCAACUCAUUUAAGUUUAUUAGUAAUUACUGAUCUUUUCACAGUGUUGAAUUGACAGUCGUAUUUCCAAAGAUACACCAUGUCUGACAAGGAAAGUGAAUAAACGAUUACAAGCAGAAGCAGGUCGGCUUUAUUCUUCCCAAUUUGGAUUGUAAUUUUAAAUCAGACAUUGAUGUGGACUCACCCUUUUUUUGGGUACAGAAUUGAUAAAUGUGUAAGCUUUGAAAGACAAUGAGUGGAACACAGGAAAGGAUCAAAGUCCCAUCUGCUUUUGCGUGUAAUUUAAUGAAAGUGAGUUUGGUCAUGGUGAUUCUUGCAGAUUAAACUACUUAUAUAUUUUUUUUCCUUCAGUACUAUUGUAAUUUCUUUUUUUUUCAUUAUUAUUUCUCAAUGUGCAAUGAACUUUUGUAACAUUUUAUGUUAUUAUUAUGGAAGACAGUAUUGAUUAUUUCUACCUCUCACAUGAUAUGGAAGAGGCACAAAAUAGGCACAAAGUGUUGGUGCUUUCUUGAGGUCCUUUCCCACUUUAGUUCUUGUUUUUGGAUGUUGUGAUGGAAGGUAUGUAAAUCAGUUAAAUCCA